GAAUUCCGACUCACAAAAUGAGCAUCAGUACCAGCGAUUGCAAGCAGUCGGCCUAGUCUACGCAGGCGGAAGUCAGAAUAGAACAGAUGUCGACUCGGAGCCUGCUGGCGAACGCCGCCGUUGUAGCGUCUAUUUACGUAUCACCAUAGAAUUCUACCUAAGGCUCACCAGUUUGCAAUUGAACCAGUACAUCGAUGGCGAACCUAAAGGAUGUUCAUGGAUAUGUCGACUCACACGCAGAUGAUUUUAUACAACGCUUAAGUGAAGCCGUCGCGAUCCCAAGUGUUAGUACAGAUCCCUCCAGACGAGGCGAUGUUCAUCGUAUGGCAUUAUGGCUCGAGAACCAGCUCAAAAGAUAUGGCGUUCAGACACGGGCGGUUCCGCUUGGUCAACAGGAAGUUGAAGGCAAGAUUUUGGAAUACCCACCGGCCAUACUGGGACGAAUCGGAGACGAUUCCAAAAAGAAGACCAUUCUGAUUUAUGGACAUUUCGAUGUACAGCCAGCAGAGAAAAGUGACGGAUGGGAUACAGAACCCUUCGAACUUCAUGUCGACAGGGAAAGCGGAAAGAUGUUCGGGCGUGGAUCUACUGAUGAUAAAGGCCCAGUUCUCGGCUGGCUCAAUGUGCUUGAAGCGCACCAUGCUCUCAGGAUUGAAUUGCCUGUUAACUUGCGCUUCUGUUUCGAGGGCCUGGAAGAAGAUGGAAGCCAAGGGCUAGACGACUUGAUUGUGACAGAAACCUCCAAGGGUCCUCAAGGUUGGUUCCAUGGCGUCGAUUGUGUCUGCAUCUCUGAUAACUACUGGUUAAACACUCGCACGCCUUGUUUGACGUAUGGCCUACGAGGAAUAGCAUACUAUCAAAUCAUAGUUUCCGGACCAGGGAGCGAUCUUCACUCCGGUAUGGGUGGCGCUGUGUAUGAACCUAUGACGACUCUCAUCUCUCUGAUGGGCAAACUCGUGUCGGUCGAGGGUCGGAUUCUCAUUCCUGGCGUGUACGACGGUAUCUCCGUAGCAGACAGUUCAGAACUUCAAAAGUACCAGGACCUUGACUACUCUGUCGCUGACUUGGAAAAAGUAGCAGGAGGACCCAUCUCGCUCUCGGAUGACAAGGCAACUGUGCUCAUGGGUCGCACUCGAGAACCAUCUCUCUCACUUCACGGAAUCGAGGGCGCUUACUCCGGCGCCGGUGGCAAGACUGUGAUUCCCGCCACAGUGUCAGGCAAAUUCAGCCUCAGAUUGGUUCCCCCUCAAACCCCGGACGAUAUCACUAAGAAAGUGGUCUCUUUCAUUGAGGAUGAAUUUGCGAAACUGAAGACGAAAUUGAAAAUGAAAGUCGAGUUCGUUGGCGGUGGAAAGCCUUGGGUAGCUGAUACAAAUCAUUGGAGCUACGAGGCGGCCAAGCGUGCAACUGAGACGGUCUGGGGGAAAACUCCUAACUACACGCGUGAGGGAGGCUCUAUUCCUGUUACCUUAACAUUUGCGGACAACCUCGGCGUUAAUGUCUUGCUUCUACCCAUGGGUCGUGCGGAUGAUGGUGCUCAUUCUACGAAUGAGAAACUAGAUAUCUCUAACUUCCUCAACGGGGUAUGUUCCUCGCUACUGUCAAACCUUUCCUCCUUUACUCAGAAUGACCGUGCCCCGCAGACCAAGUUGCUGGGUACCUAUCUAUACGAAGUUGCGAACAUCAAUUCAGACAAAUGAGAGUAGCUAUGUCUUCUCAGAGUGUGUGCGGUACCGUCAAGUUGAAAUACACACUUGGCUUGCCUGUCGAGACCGGUUGUCCAAAGACACAUGUCAUUGCAUUUGGAAUGGACAGAAAAAUGACUAAGAGUAUAUCUUAGCCUUCACAUUGCAUAAACUGACACGACUAUAUGAAUUUGAUAGGUGCUCCGUUUAAGGUGCAAGACUCCAGAAGUGUUGUGCUGUUAGAGUCAUGGGUUUCCGUAAAAACUUUCGCCUAUGGCGGCCUCUCCCUCCGUUCUGCUCUUUUUCCUUAUAGGACCAUCUUCUGCGGCAUGUUUGCUUCAUCUCGCGCCCACUGUAUCUUCGCUAAGGUACACGCACAACAACGAUAUCUCUCUACUCGCUCUUGGUUAUAAUAUCUCAAGAGAACUUCCGCAGUUUACUUCCCAUGCGCGCCGCUGUCUCAUGAGCGUUAGAUGAUGAAGUACGCUAUGUGCACAGAAGCGACUCACAUUGCCAUCCUAUGGUCGCGGGAUCAUCAGGAAGCGAUAUAUCACUCUCUUUCCGUUCCGUGUUGCGCUUCUUAGGUGUAGGGAUCUCAAUGUAUCCUGAAACAUUGACGUGUUCAACUGCGGUCCAAGGAGACACUGCGUUGCGAAGAGAUUUGGCGAAGGUGUGCAAACGUUUCACAUCAAGAGAUGAACGGGAAGAAUUGGAGGUACAAGAAAUGGAUUUCUCAGGAGAGGGUGCUUUAGACAUGUGUCGCCGAGAUACUCCAAAGUCCUUGGUCGGUAAACGAGGCGGCCCUUUCGUCGGAACGUGGGGUGGCCGCUCGUCAUCGAGCCCCGGAGGCGGGAUAUCGUAAUUGUCAUCAUCCAUAUUGGAAGGUAUCAGAGAAGGAAGAACCUCCGGACUGUCAACUACUUCAGAGCUCCAGUUUCUGGAUCUGUCGGAGUUCAACAGGGAUUCUUGCGAAUUGGAGCUGCCAAAGUAGAUUGUGGGCUCGGUGUCAAGGAAAGGAAAAUCGCACGUCGAAUUGUGUGCUUCUGAAGGAUGAGGCGUUAAACUAGGUGAGGACAUUUUAGUAUGUAGCGUACCGGUAGCUUCAUUGAAUGAAGACCAAGUCAUUGAAAGGAUGUGUUUGUUGAUAGUGUUUGGCUAUGGCGAUUUAGAGGGCGUAGCGUUGAGUUAGGUAGCGACACCGAGAACAUCUCUAUCUUUAUAUCUGUGGCGCACACAGUAGUGUGAGU